UAUUUGAUCUUUUGUUGUUCCAUGUUGACGUCUAUGGUUUAAAUUGACAAACUCGAGUCGUCCAGCAUAGUCCUAAGUCAGCUAACCUUUCAGAAAAAACGAUUAGAGUUCUGUUUCCAUCUCCUCCUCCUCCUCCUCCUCAUCAUCAUCCUCAAUUUCAGCUGGAAAUACACUAAUUUUGAGGAAUCUUGAAAUAUUUAAUUAUUUUUGAAUAUCACAAUGGCAGGACCACCCCACCAUUACAUGACCAAUAUGAAUAACCCUCAAACCAAUCAGUUGAGAAACCCUUUUGUUCAAAGCCCUAUGCAAAAUCAACUAGGCUCAAAUAUGCCAAUGCAAAUGGCAAAUUCUAUAGGCGCUCAAAUGUCCCAAGGCAUGAUGUCCCCAAUGUCUUCUUCACUUGGUAAUCAAAUGAGUGCCGGAAUUGGUAGUGGUAAUCAAAUGUUAACUCAGAUGAAUCAACAAUAUAAUAUGAAUGCUGGAAACCAAAUGACACAGCCCCCAAAUAAUCUACAAAUCGGAAAUGGUGGAAUGGAAUUUUCCAACAUGCAUACUGUCCAACAGCCUCAGCAAACAGCAAUGCAGCCAAAUCCAGGGGUAGUUGCCACACCUCCCGUGCAAGUACAGCAGCAACAGCAAUCCAAAGAAUUCAAUACUGCUUCACUUUGUCGAAUUGGUCAGGAAACUGUUCAGGAUAUAGUGAGUAGGACACAGGAGGUUUUCCAAACUUUGAAAGCUAUGCAGCCACCCAAUGGUACCUCAGCUUCCACAAAUACCAGUAAUGAAAAGAAAGUCAAAGUACAAGAACAACUCCGCACAAUUCGCGUAUUGUUCAAAAGACUUCGUUUGAUUUUCGAGAGGUGUAAUGAAAAUUGCCAGAUACAGGGGAUGGAAUACACUCAUAUUGAAAGUUUGAUUCCUUUCAAAGAUGAAAUGGAUCCCAAACAUGAUGAAAAGAAAAACACUGAAGCAUACAGAUUAGCUUGCCUUGAGAGCAAGGAGGUAAUGGAACAAGUUGUUCUAAAAAAUAAACAACUGAAAGAAGUGAUCGAUCAGUUACGUCGAAUCAUAUGGGAAAUUAAUACUAUGCUGACAAUGAGAAGAUCAUAAUUUUAUUUUUCCCCAUUAGGAGGUUUUUUUAUGACCGACUUAAAUUUCAAAUUCAAUUCAGUAGAUUUCACCCAUAAUUGCAAAACCUUAGCGCCUAUAGGGAUUAUUGAAGAACAUGGGUGUUGUUUGCUGGGAUGUUACCUAUCAUUGAUGAAGUAGUAGA